AGCCUCGGAAGGGGAGGAUCGCAGUCCUUGUCUAUACACGGAGAGAGUUCCGAAUGUUUUGUCCUGGUGUCUUUUAGCCCUGGCGAGCUCAUGCUGUGACUGACUAAAGCUGCAAAACACCGUUCACCCUGCUGUGAGAGAGAGAAGGAAUCAGGAGGAGUGAACGCUCCCCGAGGGCAGAUUUAUUUUGACUCCGGGGUCAUUUUCCUGAGACAAUCGGUAUGGUUAUCAAUGCUGGGGGAGCUUUCCUGACUUAUUCCAGGAGCUGAGGGCCGGGAAUAGUAUGAGGGAGAAGAAGCAACAAGGUCAGGGGGUCCUGGAGGACUCCAACCCUCAGAUCUGUCGAACACUUACUUCGAGCAGUCCUGCAGAGCAACUCCCAACUGUGCUAGUCUUAGACAACAAGAAGGUGGUAAAGAGAGUACGAUUUAAGGAUAUCCAAGAGUGUGAAGGAUCGAUUGUAGAUGAUGUAAUCAUGGACAAAGCAAACAGAAACACAGUUGGCCAAAUGAAAAAAUCACAGAAAAUCAUUCAGAACACUCCUCUGGACCUCAUUGACACGGGAAAGGGGCUGAAAGUACAGACAGACAAGCCUCACCUGGUGAGCCUCGGAAGUGGCCGCCUCAGCAUUGCCGUCACUUUGCUUCCGCUUGAAGAAGGGAGGACUACAUUUGGCAGUUCCGAUUGUCCUACACAAGACAUUAGUAUCCAGGGACCCGGCAUUGCUGCCCAGCAUUGCUGCAUUGAGAACCAAAAUGGGGUUAUAACGCUCUACCCAUGUGGGAACUUGUGCACGGUUGAUGGAAUUCAGGUGAACCAGCCUAAGCGCCUGUCCCAAGGGUGCAUGCUAUGUUUUGGCCAGUCAACAUUCUUUCGCUUUAACCACCCAGCAGAAGCCUCCAGAAUGAAGAGUAUGAUGUCUGGGAACCGAAACACUCCAAUGUCCUACUGCCAUUCUUCAGAUUCCACUAGUCUGGUAAAUGGCAAUCACCAAAGUCCACUUAAUGAAGCUUCAAGCACUCAACUGGCGAGACCCCAAGUCACUCAUAGCUCACUGGUCAGCUCCAUCGAGAAAGAUCUACAAGAUAUUAUGGACUCUUUGGUGAUGGAGGAUGCCACAUCCCCUGGUAAAAAACAGACAACUACUGCGCAGUCACCUUUGUCUCCAGUGGUCAAUGGAGGUGGCAGGUACCUCCUGUCACCUCCCCUGAGUCCAGGUGCCAUGUCAGUGGGUUCAAGUUAUGACAACAUGUCCCCACCUUUCUCACCCCUGUCCUCUCCCUCUGCUGCCAGCAGUAGCAGCUACACGAGCCACUCGCCCAGCAGUCAGGAGCAAGGACCCAUUGUGCCUCCAACUGUGCCUAUCAGAUCUUCAAGUUAUAACCACACUGUGCAGCCGCCAUCCCCCAGACCAGUGCCAAUCUACAGUGGAGCCGGUGCGGACCUGAGUAAAUGCAAUGGGCUUGGUCCAGGUCCGCAGCGAGUGCCAGAGAGUCCACGUGUUCACAGAAAAGCAGGAAAUGUCCACGAAACUCCACCAAGUCCAACUGUUAACCGGAGAGGUUUUCCGCUGGAUGGUUUCACUUCAGCGGCACUUUCCGAUUCCAGGAAAGUGCCAGAAAGUCCAAAGUUUUCCCAUCAAAGCCACAAUGUUCCAUCAGUAUCCAUUAGUCCCAGCAGUGGGAGUCCCAGAGUUCAGGUUCUAACAGUUCCCAGCAGUCCUAGACUUGGAUCCAAGUUUCAUCCACCUUCUAGUCCGAGAUCCAAAGUGGCUUCUCUUCAGGAACGUCCUUCAAGUCCUUUUAGAGAAGGUAAGGAGACUCCUAUUGAUCGGUCCAUCACUUCAAGCCCAUCAAGACAGGUGUCCCCUAGGGGUUUCCAACCAGUAGAGAGCUUAGGACAUGUCCAUGUAAAUCAACCUAUCCAGUUGCAUCCAAGAAACCUUCAGCCACCAGAGAGUCCCAGGUUGAGUCGAAGGAGUUUGGAAAGCAUGAGAGAGUUACCUCCAUUAAGUCCUUCCAUGCCCAGGAGGGUUGUACCACACGCCACAUUCUCAAACCUGCCAACUUCACCCCACACGAGGACAUCUCGGGAUACAAUGCGUCAUGAGACUCCAUCUCCCCAGAUGAAACUCGUCAAGGAAACGCUGGAUAGUCCUCGAUUUAGACGUAAGCAUUCAUCUGGUUCAUCUGAAAGGAACGAGGAUUUCUCGUCCCAGAGUAUGCCUGGGCUAAGCAUGUUGAGCAGUGGAAGGAGAAUCAGGGAUCGCAGCCCUUCCCCCACCUUGCUGUCCACUGACCUCCAAAGGAAAGCCUAUGGGAACAGUCUGACCCCAGCACACAGUUUGACCUCUCUGUCCGUGUCAACACCACUGCAGAGCCCAAGGAUGCAGAGGAAGAUGGCUGGAGAUGAGAGAGUCCCUGUGACCCGGCAGCGAAAGAACAGUAUCUCUGAAAUCAGCGAUAACGAGGAUGAACUCCUGGAUUAUCACCGGCGGCAGAGGGAGGAGCGAAUCUGGGAGCAGGAAAUGCAAAUGCUGGAACGACAGCGCCUUGAAACCAUCCUGAAUCUGUGUGCGGAGUACACAAAAACUGACACCUCCACUGCACCGGACAUAGGGAAGGCGAACCAGGACAAUGAGCAACUCCAUAUUGACGAGCAGAGGUUUUACCCCAGCACAGCAGACCCUGCCCCCACCACAGCCAGCAGAGGGACCUCGAUGGAGAGGAGCAGCGGGGGGAAAGGGUUCAGGGAACCUGCUCUGUCACAGCCUGCUGAUCCCAGCAUUCAGAAAUCUCGGGAGGCUCUGGAGAGGUCGGAUGAGGAAAACCUGAAGGAAGAGUGCAGCAGCACAGAGAGCACUCAUCAUGAGCAUGAAGAUUCAACGGGUGCUCAAUCAGUCCAGCAGGUAGCCUACCUCGAGGAGGAGAGGGUCAGAGUGCUCACAUCAGUGGAUGAACUCAAACAGAGAAUCAAAGAGCUUGACCAGCAACUUGAGGAAUCCAGUCGUGAGGCAGAGAUGGAGCGGGCCCUGCUCCAGGGAGAGCGGGAAUCUGAAAUUGCUCAAAUCCGGCAAGAGCAGGAGAUCAUUGAGCAGUUGGAGGAGAAACUUUUGGAGCUGGAGAGUAACAUCCAGAGAGAAAAGGACAAGGAAAGGGUAAAGCUUGAUGCUGAGAAAAGAGAAGUACAGAGACUACAAUCGCAUUGCCAUGAGUUGAAGAGCCAGCUUGAUAACUGCCCUGAAUCAAUGAGGGAGCAGUUACAGGACCACCUCAAAAGGGAAGCAGAGACUCUCGAGUCUGAAGCCAAAUUGUUUGAAGACCUGGAGUUUCAGCAGCUGGAGAAGGAGAGCCGCCUGGAGGAGGAACGGGAGACAGUCAGCCAGCAGCUUCAGCAGGACAAGGCCGAAUACCAGCGCAGCACCAUGCGGAGAAAGGACAAGGUUUCCGCCUUAGAGAAUCAAGCCAAUCAGAUCCGUUAUCAGGCUAUUCAGGAGUGCGAGAGAUUGACCAGGGAGAAAAACGCAAUGAUGCAGAUGCUUCAGAAGGAGAAAGACAAACUGGCCAAUCUGGAAAAGCAAUACUUCAUGGUGACUGGCGGCAAAACCUUCUCCAAAGGCUCCACAGCAUUAAAGGAGGUUUACCGAUCCAAGAUGGAGAAUGAUGGAUGUGGCACACUGCCUCGGACAAAGACGGGAUCUGCCCCCUCAUCACCAUUCACCGCUUCAACUCUAGGACGGAACCUCACUUCAAAGAAUUCUGCGCUGGCGCAGAAUGGCACCGGCAGUUUGCCACGAAAUCUGGCUGCUACUCUGCAAGACAUUGAAGUGAAACGACAGCUGGCAUUACAGCAGAAAGGUCACCAGGUGAUUGAAGAACAAAGGCGCCGGUUGGCUGAGCUAAAGCAGAAGGCUGCAGUCGAGGCCCAAUCGCAGUGGGAUGCUUUGCAUGGUCAGCACCCAGCAAUGUAUGGCCACCAGAGCCAGCCUUACACCCUAAGCGGACAGCACCAGCCUCAACUCAUCCACCACAGCAUCCUCCACCACCACCCUCAGCCUCUCUCCACCCAGCACGGUGUUGACAUGGACCACGCCUUCGACACGCUCAGUCUGGAAAGUUCGGACAGCUUGGAGACCAGCGUUUCCACGGGCAACUCUGCCUGUUCACCUGACAAUAUGUCCAGUGCCAGUGGUGUAGAUGUCUCUAAGAUCGAGGAGAUGGAAAAGAUGUUGAAGGAGGCACAAGCUGAGAAGGCACGACUUUUGGAAACAAGGGCUCGUGAGAUGGAAAUGCGUCGUCAGGCCUUUGAAGAAGAACGCAAGAGGCGGGAGGAGCUGGAGAAGAGGCUACAGGACGAAACCGAUCACCGGCAGCAGUUAAUCGAUAAAGAGGUCAAGAUGCGGGAGAAACAUUUUUCACAGGCACGACCUUUAACCCGAUAUCUACCAAUCAGGAAGGAGGAUUUUGACCUGCGAUCCCACAUUGAAUCGUCAGGGCACAACCUGGAAAUCUGCUACCAGGUGUCCAUCUCUGAGAAGAUGUGCAAGGGUUACCUCACGAAAAUGGGCGGGAAAAUCAAAUCCUGGAGAAAACGUUGGUUUGUCUUCGAUCGCAUUAAACGGACGUUGUCUUAUUAUGUGGAUAAACAUGAAAGUAAAUUAAAGGGAGUGAUUUAUUUUCAAGCCAUCGAGGAGGUUUACUAUGACCAUCUCAGAAGUGCCUCAAAGAAGGGAUAUUUGAACCUGCAUAGAAUCAAUAGUCCCAACCCAAGCCUCACAUUCUGUGUGAAGACCCACGACCGACUCUACUUCAUGGUGGCUCCAACUCCAGAGGCUAUGCGGAUUUGGAUGGACGUGAUCGUCACAGGUGCUGAGGGUUACACACAGUUCAUGAGCUGAAGGGCAGUGAGGACUGGGUUCUUGGGUGGAGCGAGUUGGCAUUGAGCCAGUCCGUUGUAGAACUGACCUGCCCUGUCCAACAAUGGAGAUCGCGCUGCCUGUCUUAACUGACUGUCUCUCCGUCUGUCUCUCUCUUUUAUUCCCCCUCUCGCUCGUUCUCGCUGUUUGAACACUAAUCGGGGCAACAAGUGCACCAGUCCCAUCUCACUGUGUGGAGUUAAAGUAACAGAUGGAACAUUUUGUAAUACUUCUGCUGGAAGGAAAACUGACUUCGAAAAAAAGUAAAGAGAAAUAUCUUCACCAACAAACAAUAAAGGGAAUGAACCUUUGCCAAAGACUCCCAUCCAGCCCUUGCAGUUUUAAUUUUCCAAACAGAUAAUGAACAGAGGCAAACAGAUUUGUAUAAAAUAAAAUGAGAAAAAAACAAACAGAAAAAUUUUAACUCGCCCCCCCA